AUGGCAGCGAAAAGCGCUGCUGGAGCCACGGCACAUGGAGUGCCACUGGGCACGCUGAAGGAGUGUCUACAGUUCCUGGAGUGGUUGAAUAGCCGGCAAGGAGGAAGUAUGCAACGCCUGGUAUCCGGUAAAUUGGCUACACGUAUAGGGCUAUAUUAUAACAAUCCUACGUUCAACAUCCAAUUCGAACUGUCCAUAUCUAAUUUCCUCCGCCACUCGUCAUUGCUGUAUAAGCAAAUAAGCAGAUCCGCCAGUCCUGGAAAUUUUGGAAGCAAAAGUGCGAAUGAUAUCACUGCGGCAUUCUCGGAAUGCCUUUCUAAAGUGCACUCGGCCUUUUCAUAUUUGCGCCACAAUGUGGACUACAUUUAUGGUAGUGUGGGAGGUGGGAGGCUGGCAAAGUUUCAGCUUAAUCAAAGCGGUGAUAAUGAGCUCAAGACUUAUCUCACCGCAAAUGAUGAUUUAUACAAUGGUAUUAUUUCCGGAGGAUUUGAUGAAGGUGAGCUGAACAAUAUAAAGGGGGAACUUUUGGUUCACAAUCUAAUGAAUGCGCUUGAAAGGCAGACAAUAACUCCCGACGUUUUUACAAGUGUUCUUUUCAACAAUCUCGAGAAAGAUGAUUGGCAUAAACAGGACGCUGGGAACGUUCUGCUGUUGCUUUGGGCUUUCUGCGAAUAUGUGGAGACACAUGAAGAGGGUGGCGAUCUGAAAAACAAUUUACAAGCGGAGCUACAAAAGAAGGGUAUGUGUUUUGACUGGGGAAGAUUAGUGGCGCAUUGCAAAGUACAGAAACAAUUCCUUGAUAAAUUGUUCGGCAAUACGGAUGACUUUAGUACUAAACCUUUCACCACCACUGGCAGGGCGUUUACCCCUGAUGCCCUUAAGCCUGAAGCAUUUGCCGGGGCAUUCGAGAAGUGGUUUGAGAACCAUUGGGAUGAUAUCGGUGAAGCUCUGGAAGAAAUUAAGAUGGGCGUAGAAGAUUUGGAGGAAAGUACUGCGGAUUUCUCCCCAGAGUCUCUCUACCCCUAUGGCAUCGUGUUGAAUAACCGAGAGAAACACACAUGGCGUGACGGAUUAAAGAAUCUACCGGGUGUUUUAAAUGCGCUUGUCGAUUCUGGUGACAAAGGGCUAGCGACGCUUAAAGACAUUUUGGGAGGUGAGCAAUGUCCAAAACUUGAACUACAGUCUCCUCAAUCAUCUCCAAAAGCCGCCACGCCCCCAGUGGCUACGCCGGCCGCCGCGAAGCCAGUUGCCACCAAGACGGAGGCUACGAAGCCAGUAAUAAACAAAGCAGGAUUAUCUCCAAAUCAAAAUAAUGGUCAAAGCGAACGAAACCCUGCAACAUCAUCUGAUGCCACAUCUCCUCAAACUCCAAGUUCCACUGCUAAACAAGCUCCAGCACCGGCUGGGACUAAAGGUGAGAAAGGCCUGCAAGGGUCUUCUCGUACCGAGCCUACGAAAUCUCCAGGUAUAAAUCCUGUUCAGAAGCAGACUCCAUCUCAACCCCAACCAGUGGCUCCCCCUCCAGCCCCUGCCCCCGGUCCUCCUGCAGGCCCUGGCUCCCCUAGUCAGCCGGGUGACGGGAGUGGGAGUCAAAAUGGCGGUGGUUCUACAGGUCAAGAGCCCGCGGCUUCUUCACAUCCUGCAAAACCUCCGACUACAAGUGUUCAACCUGUAGGCUCUCAGUCAUCCGGUGCCUCUGGUACCGGUAGUGGUCCGGGCCCGGUUGACCAGGGGUCUGCUUCUGAGCCUGCUCACGAAAGUGUUCAUGAGGCUUCGAAACGUCCAGUCGGUGAUACUGCGGCGCCCACUGGCACGCCGUCUGGUUCAGGUGGCGGAGGGAACACAUAUGGGUGUUCAAAACCAAUAACAUUGCCCGCUGAAUUUGGCGGCGGAAAAUACUGUCCCCGAAAUGGAAACUAUAAUCAAUAUGAUAAAUAUUAUAAAACAUGGAGUAACACGCCUACCACAUUAUCUAAUAGUGUUCCCAAUCAAGAUUCUUCCACACAGCACAAUCGGAAUUCUGACACGUCAUCCAGUAACCACCGUACCCAGCAUCCUUUAGAACAUAGCACACGAAGCAGACCACACAGCCAAGCGGACGACAGUCUUCAAAGCUAUAUAUUUGCGGAGGGCAACGCCGUGGAAGCACAAAAUUCUGAUCUGACAUUUCCGAAUAUACAACUUGAUAAACUGCCUAGUCUUGACGGCCACGAACAAUUAGAUCAUUCGUAUCUAAAAAGUCAACUAGACGAAGAGCAAAAAGGGCAAGAGUUAGAGGAUCAAUGGAAUAAAUAUUAUGCCGAUCAAGAGCAGAUAAAGACACUAGAUAAGAUGAAACAUGAUAUGGAACUACAGCGUGCAAAAAUAGACGAGUUACAACAUGCUAAAGCAGUAUAUUCCCACCAGGAAAAUGUGAUGCAUCGAACACCGUAUUCAUUAGCCACCAAUCAAAUGCUCUCAGGAACUCCCAUUAACUCGGAUGGCAUCUCAGUUGUGCCACCGACAUCCUCCAAACAUCAAUCUCCUUUUAUCACAAGCAAAGCGCGUUCAAUUCCAACAGUUGAUCUUGAGGAUCACUCUUAUUCUGAAUAUUUAUAUGCCUCCGGCGAUGAUAUUAAAGCUGCUCCAGACCCAUUUACAUACUAUUAUGGUGGUUUGGCAGGACACGUUGUGCCAGAUGACUCAGACGUUAUAAGGCAGAGAACAUUCAUUGCAAAGUCUCUAGAGGCCAGCAAACAAGUAUUCGAUGAACGCCGAACUAAACUUAUGGCGAUGGACAAGAAAGUGCAGCGUGCGAAGUAUUUUGGCGGGGGUGAAGUAGAUAUUAAGAUAGCGAAUAGAACACCGGAAUUAUUUUUUGACAUUGAGACAGCACCUAAGCCCACGGUCAACGUUACAAGUGAUCCACUGUUUCAAACAGUUAACCCAGUAAAGAGCGCACAUAACAACAUGAGCAUGGCUAAUGAAGUCCACGACGAUAACUUCGAGAUUACUACGGUUGAGCGUUUCAAUGACGACGAUCAUGAAAAGGGGUUUAAACCUAUGGAUUUGUCAUUUGAAAUCCAGAAUACCGACCCCUUUGAAUCAAACGGAGUACCGCCCAUUCCUCCUGAAGUUCUCGUCGAGCGCGCAGACCGUGAUACGACUCAAAAUGAAAACGAUCCCAAUUAUUUAGAUCUCCAAAUCGGUGUCCCCGACCGCACGCUUCAAGACUCUUCAUAUGACAUAGACGUAGACGACCCUCCCCCUCCCCCAGCCAUCCAGCCACUUGAACCUGUCUACCCAUCCACCACCGCCAUCUCUGUCGACUUCCCACCAAUCGACCCUCCGGAGUCUCUCCCAAACAGGUACGUGGAUCCGUAUACGCACGACGCUCAAACAGUCGGUAUGUGCAUUGCCCCGUGGAUGAAACAGACAGCAAUCGAAGACUCCACCGACAUCCCCGAGACGGGUCUAUUCCCCUCCCAGGCGCCGCGUACCGUCCGGGAUAUGCUUCAGUGGCUGGCGGGGCUUAAGAAUGAAAAGCAUCAUAGCACUCUCAGACAAUGUAUUGAUAAGGCAUUUGGUGGUCCGCAUAGUGACCCUUCACAACUUGCAAUUCCAGUCAACGGGUCUCACAUCAGACCCGGAGAUGUCUUCGACAUACUCCAGCUUACCGCCAUGUUUGCGGGUUCAGUGCUCUCCGCCAUCGCACCUAACUGGAAGGCAAACGUGUCAUCAAGAAGUGUGAAGUCUAAGUCCUCCGAGGAGCCUGACUGCUGCGCCCUCCUCUGCCAGCUGCGUGACUACGUCUACGCCUGCCACCACCAGUUGGAGUUCCUGAAGGCGCAGUGUAAACGGGAUAAGUUAAGCGGUGGGUGGCAGAAUUGUAACUACGGCAGUGAAGUCAGUCCUACCAAUUCCCCCCUCCAUGCGUUCCUUACUGACGGCUGGGACUGCGACUUCAAGACUCACCCCUUCGACCCGUGCAACCUGUGCCUCAAGAGCAGGAUCAGGAUGGGAUUUAGGAUGGAGGAUUUACCCAAUAAAUCACAAAGUGGCAGUACCCUUUCCACCAUCCUCACUCCCAGCUGCGGCGGCAGUGACCCCCUGCUGACACUGUCCUCCUACCUCAACUGCCUCACCAGGCGGACGCCAAGGACGACCGGGGAGCUCGUCUCGUUUUUCCACAAUUUCGGUAUCGAGUUGCACGGAUAUGCUUCAGAAUCAUUGUCUCCACUGGGCACUGCCAUCACUAAGUCACAUACCGACUGCCCUGAGUGGGACUGUCUUGGUGACUCCGACCUAGGCACUGUCCGUGGCAUCCGAGGCUCCGAGUCUCUCAUAUCCAAACACAACUCCAAACACGACAUUGACCAUCCCCGUACCCUGUCCACACUGGUCGGCUGCGGCAGUGACCCUGACAACUGCCAUCCACAUUGCUCGCCCAUCACGUACCGGGCGUACGCCCUGUACUCCCAGCGCUUCGCCCACACCUACCUCAGCUGGACGGUGUACCUGCCGGACAGACUGCGGGAGUCACUCGAAAAACUGCACCAUGAUCUCAAGAAGCAUGAUUAUGCCAAGUGUUCAUCGCUUUACUUGUGUUCCACUGCGCUGCCCCUCCUCUACCUACACGGGUUCACGCCGCCGGAGGUGGGACCGCAGACAUCAAUCACAUGUUUAGACGUCAUCGGCAGGCUGAAGGAAAUUGUCAACGGCAAGCCUAUCGCAGAUCUUAUUUCCGCCAUGGACGAUUUCCUCUACAACAUCCGGGAGCCGUUCAUCUACACCAUCGUCGCUCUGUGGUCCACCGCAUUACUCAUCUUCGCCAACACGAUGCUAUAUCGCCUGGACGUGCUCCACAUCCGCUCGCACCUUAUUCGCACCAAGGCGUCUCACGUCAUCGACGUCAAGGCGCUACUCACGAAAGGCCGGAAUAUGCUUUCACUUUACAAAGACGUCGACUACUUCGACGAGGAUCCUAUUGGCCAACUUAGUUACUAA